CCGAAUACCGAGCGUCCCCGAUUUCCCCACUUCCAGCGGGGACACCGACGACGAUGAGCUCACCACCGAGCGGAACUCGUACAGAGCAACCACCCCUCGUGUCACUGGUUCUGCAGUCAAAGAAGGCACUUCAACAUGGAGAACAACUGUGCUCGAAGGCAAAUUCCCUCACGAACGCGUCGGCACAGUGUGCAGUGGACGUGCUUGCAUUAGAUGCCAAAGUGAAGUGGGUUAGUGAAGCCGUGAUCGAGCAGCUUAAGCUUGCCGCCACUGUGGCCAAGUCCAUCGAGCUCAGACGGUCUCAGCUAGAAAGACGGAUUCGUGAAUGGGACACCAUUCGUUCGCAGCACACCACGGCGCUAGACAGUAUACUUGAGGCACUGGGCACCCAACUCGUCCCACCAGACUUCCACCAGACCUCUUCAGACUCAUCACUAUUCGGAAGCCAGGAGUCUAUUGAUAAGCCGAACGGCGUCGUCGAUCCGCGGUUGAGUCCGACUGCGACCGUACGCGACGACCAGCUCAGUCGCAAGACCCGUCAGAACGUGGACCGGUCAAAAUGGAAGACACUCCGCGACUUCGUGGACGAGGCUGCCAUAGAAGACGUUCUGGACGCUGUAGAGGGUGAGAGGACGCGUCUGGAUGACAUCAUGGCAUCCACGUAUCACUACCCAGAGACGCUGUCGAAUGCAGUAGCGUCAAUACGAGCGUCCUUGCCAGUCAGCGGCGCCUAUCCUCCCAUAAACCCCAUAUUAUCUAUUCAGGAGCAUACCACGAUUGACAUGGCCAAGCAUUUGGAGAGCCUGACUGAGCACUACGAGCAGAUGGCAAGUGCUUUGCACGACAGUGAAACCGGUGAAGUAUUCAGCGAGGAGGACAUGAAAGAGAUGAACCGGGACACGGAGGAGCUACCAGCAAUUAUGUCUGAGCUUGAAGACAAUGUAAAGGAAAUCGAAGCAGCUCACGAGAAGUUGCUAACAGCCAAAGCUACUGCCAAGGAGAAAUUGGAUACCAGUAGCAGUAUCCUGGAUGACCUCGAUGAACUGGGGGAAAUCAUGUCAGACAUGCUAGAGAAGCAGCAGGAAGUUGAAGAAGAUUGCGAGGAUGUCAUAGAAGGUUUACAACAGCGAUUACAGGUGGUGGAAGAACUCCGCCACCGAUACGUGUUAUACCAAUCCUCGUUCGACAAACUACUCACUGAGAUCGCGCGUAGGCGACAGUACCGGGAGGCGGCUGAGAAGAUUGUCGAGGGUAUGAUAGGACAACUGCGAGCCAUGGCGGAAGAGGAACGCCAAGUACGAGACGAUUUUAACGCGGAUCAUGGAGCUCAUAUUCCUGCCGAUUUGUGUCUGUGCAUUGAGAACCCGCCCACGCGCUGGGACGUCGUGCCGUUUCCUGGGGAUGUACGAGAGACGCUACCGGAGAUCGAUAGUGACUUAUUGACUCAGGCGAGGGAGAAACUGUCAACGGGGGACGUCAUUUUUCCUGGUACAGACAGUCUGUAAGGUUCCGUAUGACGUAUGUGCCCGGCUUAUGGUGUCAAGCCACCAUACGGGUCUGGAAUCCACAUUGCCUGUUGUAGAGCCUAGACCCGGUUUCCACAGCAGCCUCAUCAAGACUAAGUGGUGGGGCUGUUAUGAAACAUUCGACUGAUCUAUGGUGGAAAAAGUGGCAAACCCGGUGGGGCCACUCGGACCACACAGCACAUAUACAGACACAUGAUCAAGAUGGCUCCAUACAUGUGACGUCGAGGAAUGGAGGGAGCGGAAAUUUUAUCGCGCGCAGCACACCAAUGAGCGCAUCUGUUGCUCUUAGCCAUCAAAUUUCCGAUCCGAGUACCUCCGGCUCCAUUGAU